CGCUUAAAAGAAAAAAUAAACAAAAAGUAGGCGUGACAGUAGGAAAUUUGAAAUAUUGUUAUAAAUCUUUCAAAUUUGAUUUUUUUUAAUUGGACCGGUAACAACUUAACAAGUUUAACAACAAAUUGGUGUGAUCAUGUCGAACAGUUUGUUUGUCGGCGAUUUGGACAUGCUUCAUAGUUUGUACGACUUCUCAGAGACUUACGCUAAAACUCUAAGCUUUAAAAGCAACGAAUAUUUUAUACUCCAACAGGCUAAUACAAAACACAAACAUUGGUGGCAAGUUAUUAAUGAAUGGGGCGACGUGGGUUACAUACCUUCAAAUUAUGUGGAAACAGUCACUGUUAACCCUUCGUUUUACUUAAAAUUUAUUGACAAAGCUUUGGAGAAUUUGAAAACAAAGGAUUUGUCUGAUAUUGUGGUUGGAACUAAAAGUGAAAACCUUCUGGUACUAAAGGAACUCAGGAAACAGGUUGCACAGCUUGCAGAGGGGGAUAAGGACGGUUUAGGAGAGGAAAGUGAUGAUUUAAUAAAUCAGCUUUCAUACAACAACUCACAAGACACUAUAAAUUCGACAUGUAGUUCUUUUUCGUCUCAGUUGUCGGCAAUAAAGCCUCGAACAGUAGUGGAACAGCCAACUAGACUUAUAAUACGCAGUAGGGAUAGCAUCCAAAAGUCAAUAGAAAAUAUUGAAGAAGAACUUAAGUGUGAAAGGUAUGACUCAAAAAAGUCAGAACAACAUGCUUUGUCAUCUUCCAAUGUUUCUCCUGUGAUAACUGCCCAAUCAGUUUAUGAACUGGUGGAAAGUGUAAGAAUAAAUACAAACCUAUCUCAUGAGAUGUCGAGAGUAGCAGUUGAAACUGUUAUCCAAGGGCUACAUGAACUGCUUCCAGCUUCAAUCUUUCCAUAUCUAAGCACAAUACUGUCGCAUUCACAAACCUGUCUUGUGGUAGAUGAUGGUCAAAUAGAACAAACACAUGAUGCAAGUCGACUGAAGAUAAUUUUUAAUGAGCUAACAUCAUGUAAGGAAGAUGCUCAGCAAAGAAGUUGGAUGUUGCACGAAGAUGAAAGCGUCAUCAAAGAAUAUAUCACAGAACUUAUAUCAAUUUUAUCCAACGCAGAUACAAGCAUAUCAAGACACGUGAUAUCUUCUGAUCAGUAUCACGUGAUUGUAACAUUAAUACAGUACUAUCAAAUGGAGGCCCGUUGGUCUAUAAGGCAGCUACUGUUGCAGGCCUUUGGAGUAUUGUGUAGUUUAGAUAAGACUGUCAUAAACAUUAUGCUUAAUUCGGUUUUACCGGGGGAAUUAGCAAGAGAUAUGAUGGCCAAUCCCAGGAAUAUUUUAAAACUGAAUUAUUCGUCUCUCCUACUAACAAUGGUUUUUUCCAUGGGGGAAGCCAUGCCUAUAAUUAACCUAGAAUAUAUCGGCCAUGACUUUCUAAGUUUUGUUCUCGACAACAUCGAAGACCCUCCUGAUACUGACCUGGACGAACAGAUUCCGGAUUUGUUUUUAAAUCUAGUCAUAUCCUUCAAUCUGCAAUUCGACGACGACGUCACGAAUCCUGUGUUGGUCGCAUUGGAGGAUAAGCAGAUAGCCAAAGUGUUUUGUGAAAAAAUACUUUUACUUUUAAAUCGGGAAGAGGAUCCAAUAAGGAUCUUUGAUCACGAACCUGCCCCUCCGCAUUCCUUACUAAAGUUAUUCAAAGAUCUAUUCAGUCGUAGGGGCACUGCAAAUUUAUUUUAUACAAAUGAUGUUAAAGUGUUGAUUGAUAUUAUCGUUAGGAAUAUUGCAGAUCUCUCUCCCGGCGAUAAGAAAAGGCACGAUUAUCUUGAACUGUGUAGACGGGUAAUGCGUAACACAAAUUACAGCGAGCAUAGACAUAGAAUUGAGGAUAUAUUAAAAUGUUUUACAAGGAUAUUCUGCGAGGAGAGCACAUUGAGCAAAAAGGAUCAGCAGCUGCUCAAAGGGAUUUUUGCAGAAUUUCCGCAGUAUUUUAAAUAGACUGGGAAGUAAUUCUACAUAUAUUCCAUGACCAUUGCAUUGUAAUAUUACAGUUAUUUUUUUUACAAAUAUAUUUUUGUACACUUUGGUUUGUUAUCAAGAAAUACUUCACAUUGCUGUUUUUAUUAGUAAAGGGCUUCUAAGUAUGCCUGUUAUAAAAGAAAAAACAGAGAAGAAGAAUUUGAAAGUUGCAAGCAAAUAUCCAGUUUCCUUAAGAUAGUAGAAUAAAAUUUUGUCCAGAUAUUAAACUGAAACACAUUCUAUUAUCAUUGAUUCAAUAUAAUCUAAGAAACCGAUGACAACCAAUGAUAUUAGAUCCAAAUCAUUAUUAGGCCUAAAAAUUGACAGUCCUCUCCUAAAAAUUUAGAAUUUAAAACUCAAGGGGGGUUUCAGAAACAAACUGAAAGUCCUACAUUCUUGUUGAUUUAGAAAGCUGUAUUUUUUUUAUAUAUUUAUAUAUUUUUGAAUUUUGGAAAUGUAACAAUGUAGAAUCUGAUUUUUUUGGGUGGUUUGGGGCCAUGUGUGAAUUCCACUCUGGGUUUCAUCUAACGUCAUUGGUGACAACAAAAAAUGUUUUUUCCCCUUUCCAAGCACCAAAUGUUUUAAGAAAUGUGAUCCAUUGGAAAUACAAUUUAUGUGUCAAAAAGUGUACAAAUCGUUACUGUGGUCUUCCUGAGGUUGGGACCGUUAAUCAGAUAUAUGCUUUUACGGCUAGUUAAACAUUCAUUCAAUGUGAUGUAAUGGAGGUUAGUAAGUGUUCCUGCUUGAUAUGUUUUUUUUUUGUGAUCAGUAAUUGAUCGUCCCAUAGGUUUCGUUACAUUUUGUUACGGCGUUUUGAUGUGCUAUACAGUAAUAAUAUGUAAAUAUGCUUCCAGUAAACAUCUUGUUGCAUUAGAGUAAACGGUUAAUUUCGCAAGUUCUAGACAAUUAGGUAACUUUUUCCAACAUAAGCCAUAAUAAUCUAUAUUUUAAAAAUUACAAUUUACUGUAGAUUUGAAUCUUGUAAAAAAUUAUAAGUAACUUUUGUUGUGUUAUCAUCUAUCGUUUUGGAUUUAAAAAAAUAAAUAAAUAAAACCACACAUGAUUAAAGUUCAAUAUUUGUGAAUCUCAAAUUCCGACAUAGCGAUAUACUAAAACAGGGUAUCUCAGAAAUGUAUAUUUUCAAACGAAAUUUAAGAAUGAUUAGUCACCCCCUGAACUUAACGUGAGCUAAAUGUCUCUUUUGUUUUUUUUAUAUACAAUUUUUGCAAACAAUUUUUGACAGAAUUUUUAAUUAAUACAGUUUUGUAAGUUAAGAGGAAAAAUAUUAAAGCAAGUAAAAAAUAAUGUAAAUGUAAAAAGUGUAAACUGAAUUUAUGACUGUAUUUUUUGUGAGUGAAAUCUUAUGGGAACAAUUAUUUAGUAAAAGUGUUAACGAUACCUCAUUGUCUUAAUACUCAAUAUAAAUAAUCAUAAGUUCGAUGGCAGAAAAUAUAUUAAUAGUUGCAAGUAGAGUGAACAGGCUUAUUUUCUAUAGUGGGAAGAAGUAAUCUUAUGUAAAGGUCCUAUUUGUUUAUCUGUUUUUGACAAUUAUUUUUAAUAUGUGGUUCAUACUCAUUAUUUGCGAACCACAAAGAGUAGUGUGUUAAAUUAUAUUAUGGUGUAUUAAAAACGUUAUACAAAAUUUUGAUUUAUUCCUAUAUGGUCUCCGUGAUAUUUCGGCACAUUGGUUGUAAAAAAUCUAAGAACACCAGCAGUGGGAAUAACUUAGGCCACCGGUGUUCUCAGUGAACCUACAAAAAUAAGCGAUUGAAAUUCUUACAUAUUUUAUUAUCUUGUUGCUAUUUUGAUAGUUUUAUCAAACUGUCUAUGAAUCGUUCAUAACGCGUAACUUUCAAGUUUGCGAUGCCCAUUGGAAAACUAACCGUGCUUUGUUAAAACCUUUAAAAUUUCACACGUUAAAGAAGACCAAAAGUCCAAAUAUGAUCUUAACUUAUGCAAAAAUUAAGAGAAUAUGUCCCACUACUGGUGAGCUUGAAGUCUGCUGCUAGAAGUUCGCAGCGUUGCCAGCCACAGUGUCCUAUAAUGUAGCCAUAGCCACCGAAUAUUAACUCCAUUAACCUAAUAUGAAGAGCCCUUUUUACUAGCACUACGAGCACUACCGCCUUGUCCUCACUCCCCCCAUUUCAACAAAUUACAUUGUAUCAGUAGCGAGAGACAGUGGCUCUUCUAAUAUUGUUAAAGGCUGGUGCCAUAGCUUAAUUAUUACUUGUUAUGGUGUUGUUUAACAUAAUGUUACUACUUUACUUUAGUUUGAAGUACCGUCAAUGUUAUUUAAAUUUUUUGGGAGAAUGUUUUAAAAUUAAUAUCACAACAAUAUAAGUGAUUGCUUAUAUAUGUAUAUAUAGCUCAGAUCGUCGAGCCCAGAAGGCCCUUGGCUUGGUUACGCAUUUGUCGCCAUUUGAUUGUAUUCUUCAAUAAAGCCUGCCACCUGCAUUUCCAUUUCCUUUAUAUCAUUUUGAACAGCUUGAAUGCAUUUUGUCUGCGGCUUACCUCUACCCCUUCUUCCAGUUAUCCCCUCGCUCAACAUCUGCUUAGAAGGACGUUCAUCUCCCAAUCCUAUUAUAUUCCCAGUCAUGUUAAUCUUUGAGCUCUUGCACCAUUUGUUAUGGAAUGUUCUCCAUAGAGUUCUUUAAGCUCCAUAUGUGUCCUUUUUAGCCACUCUCCUUUCGUUCCACCAAAUAUUCUCAAUACUUUCCUUUCAAAUAUUUAUAAUGCUUCGUCUCCCUUUUGUUGGGCUUCCAUACUUCACGUCCAUACAAGACAGUAGGUCAUCGUUUUGUUCACUCUUUUAUCGAAAUUUAACAUGUGAUGUAUCCCCCAUACCUUUUGCUAUCCUUUCUUCAAUUUCAUGCUAAAUAAUUAAAUUUUUCCACUUUUCGAAAAUAAUAUUCCCUAGUCUCUGUUAUAAGCUCUAGAUGCCUAUUCUGCCCACUGAUGUCAUAUAUUUUGUUUUUAGUUCAUUAAUUUUUAAACCUAUUUCUUUAGCUGACUUUUCUAUACACUUUACACAUCAACUAGAUUUUGCCUCGUUCUAGCUAAGAUCAUCUGCGUAAGCAAGAAUUUGGGUUCUUUAGUUAAAUGUGGUACGCCUCUAGUUUUCAAACCACUUUUCCUAACCACUGUUUCCAAAUAAUACGUUAAAUAAUGAUUAUAUAAUGUAUGUUAAAUAAUCAUUACCCGGAACUUUUCUGAUGUGGUUCCUUCUAUCAUUACCUUGUUACAAAAAUUGUUACUUUGUUAAAUUAACAAUUUUAUUGGAUACUCGCAAUUCCGCCAUCGAUUCAUACAAUUUUUCUAUUUUAACUGUAUCAUUGCUUAAAUAUGCUAGUCUAAUAUACUUGUUAAUUUUGAGGUUUUUGGAUACGUAGCGGUUGGUGAAUGAUACCUUUUUUACAAAAUUAUUUUAUAGGGAAAUAUUUUCUGGAUUCUUAAUGUGAUUACUUCAAUUGUUGAAAGAGUCGUAAGACGCAUUUUUAGAGCUGGUACCAUAGUUUAUUAUUCCUACAAAAUAUUUUUUAUCCUUUGUACCUUUUUUCCCUUAAAUUGAUAUAGGUAAUAAUAAGAUAUAAUUGGCGUUUGAAUGCUGAGAUAUUUUUGUGUUGGCAAAAACUGCAUCGGAGUUAUCAAAAUUAAAUCAGAUUUCGGCAAAAACGUGUUUAUUGUUGUAAUACUUGUGGAUUUGUGAACCUACAGCGUAAUAAUAAUAAUAGCUAUAUUUACUGUUUUCGAAGGUUGUUACAUUUAAUGUAAACGUUUUACUGCUUUCCAAAUGGUACAAAU